UCAACUGUUACAGUCCCACCAUUAACAACCAAUCCCAUGGCUUCACCAACUCGAACGCUCUUCCUCCUCCUCAGCUUCGCCGUCUUCUUCUUCUUCAUCACAGUCUCCGCAGAUCCCGACAUGCUCCAAGACCUCUGCGUAGCUGAUCUCUCCUCCGGAAUCAAAGUCAAUGGCUUUCCUUGCAAAGACGCGGCUAAUGUCACAUCAUUAGAUUUCUUCUCACAAGGAUUAGCGAAUCCAGGUCUUACCAACAACACAUUCGGGGCCUUAGUCACAGGAGCAAACGUGAUGACGAUUCCAGGACUCAACACGCUUGGUGUCUCCCUCUCUCGCAUCGACUACGCACCAGGUGGUUUAAACCCACCUCACACCCACCCGCGUGCCACUGAAGUCGUCUUCGUCCUCGAAGGAACACUCGACGUUGGGUUUCUCACAACCGCCAAUAAGCUCAUCUCUCAAUCUCUCAAGAAAGGAGACGUCUUUGCUUUCCCUAAAGGACUCGUCCACUUCCAGAAGAACAGUGGCCAUGUUCCUGCUUCUGUUAUCGCUGCUUUCAAUAGUCAGCUUCCUGGAACUCAAUCUCUUGGUGCUACUUUGUUCGGUUCUUCUCCUCCUGUACCCGACACCAUCUUGGCUCAAGCCUUUCAGACAUCUCCAGGAACCGUCAAACACAUCAAAACCAAGUUCCAACCCAAGAAAUGAUCUUCUCCAGAUUCAUUAUAGUUUUCCGGUUCUGUUUUUCUCUCAAAGGAAAGAUCUUUUAUCCUUCUUUUUUGAAUUUAUCUUGUGUUAUAAACAAUAACUCAUCUUUGAGUGUGCAUUUGAGCUCCAUAGUCUCAUGUAUGAUCUUCUGUAUAAUCCAAUUUUUUUUUUUUUUGGUUUAAAAGUUGACUAGAAACAGGUAUGCUGAUGUUGAUCAUAUUUAAAAACUUGGAAUAAAUAUAAAAGCAGGUAAGCUACUUAUCUGGCCC